AUGAUAGUAACACUGCCACUUGACAGGCAGGAGAAAAUAAUUUCUGCAUGCAAAGAGUUGUAUAAGGUUUCAAAGGCAAAUAUUAGACAAGUGGUGAGAGUCAUUGGGUUGUUAGUAGCAAGUUUUUCAGCUGUGGAUUAUGGCAAACUGUACUAUAGGAAGAUUAAGGCUUUACAAGAAUCGAAGGGUAACUAUGAUGCACCCAUGAUAAUAUCAAACAGUAUGAGGUCAGAUUUAAUUUGGUGGAUUGUCAACUUGAAAUCCCAGCAUAGGGUUAUUGCUAGACCAAACCCCUCAGAGACUUUACAUACAGACGCAUCCACUUUAGGUUGGGGUGCAAGUUAUAAAAACAAUAAUAUUGGGGGUAGAUGGACGGAUGUAGAGGGUAAAUUGCCUAUUAAUGUAUUAGAAUUAAUGGCCAUUUUGAAUGCACUCAAGUCCCUCAAACGUGAUCUUAAGUCAAAGCAUAUUAAGGUGAUGUCAGAUAACACUACGGCAGUGUCAUACAUUAACAACAUGGGAGGCACAGUUUCUGAAAACUGUAAUAAAGUAGCAUGUGACAUAUGGAUUUGGUGUAUAUCACAUGAUGUCUGGUUAACAUGUACACAUAUAGCUGGCAAAAAUAAUGAGGCAGCAGAUAAGGCUUCCAGAGAAUUCAAGGAUGAUCUUGAAUGGAAAUUAGACAGCAAGAUUUUUCAUAAGAUAUGUAAUUUUUGGGGAAUCCCAGAUAUAGACUGCUUUGCAUCUAUAAUAAAUGGUCAAGUAGAAACAUAUUGUUCAUGGAAGCCUAAUCCAAACUGCUCUUUUGUUGAUGCUUUUACCAUUGACUGGGAAACUUUUAACUCAGUUUAUUUGUUUCCACCUUUUAGCUUACUGGGAAACUGUGUGCAGAAAGUCAGACAGGACAGAGCCAAGGGAAUCAUUGUAGCACCAAUGUGGCCCACACAAGCAUGGUUUCCGAGACUGAUGGAAUUGUUGGUGGAGAAACCAGUCAUAAUACAGAAAAAGAAGGAUCUUUUAAGACUUCCUCACCUGCAGUUGAAACACCCUUUGGAAGGGAAAUUAAGACUGAUUGCUUGCAAAGUGUCAGGAAUAGUUUCAGAGAACGAGGAUUUUCAGAGGACUCUACCAAAAUACUUAUGUUGUCUUGGAAAACAGGGACACAAAAACAAUAUAACACACACAUUAACAGGUGGUUUCAGUACUGUAGUAAAAGGACGAGUACUCCACUUUCGCCAACUUUGGAAGCAGUAA